AUGGUGCUCAAAGCUGUCCGCGAUGCAAUCACAUCCAAGACUACGCGGCGCGUUCUACUAAACUUUACGCUUCUAGCCGGAAGCUCUCUAGCACUGCUAUUCCUAUCUAUUUUGUCAACGGCGAUAUUCUUCGCUAGCUAUGUCCCCGACAAGUCGCUAACUUGGCCGGUGUAUCUCCAGUACGGACUUGGCACGCACCCUUUUGGAAUAACAGGCCUCACCAGACCCCUUCCAAAGACCCAGCAAGGGUAUGAUGUCUCCAUUAGCCUCACCCUUCCCAAGUCUGUCCCGGAAUCUCAGAUUGGAAAUUUCAUGGUUGUCCUACACCUCUUGGACCACGAUGUAUCCAGCAGCCUGGCGACAGUCCAGCUUCCCGAGUCGGGGACGAAGCUACGGGGCGUGCGAUGGAUCCUCCAUCACUAUAGAUUCCCGGCUUUCAUUACUUUGACGCUGGGGUUCUGGGGCAUGGAAAUGUUGUUCGCCGCGGUAGCCCUGUUUCUCAUCGGCCUAGCCACAGGAUCUUCCGAAAGAUCGCUGCAGGCUGACGAACAAGAGAAUCCCCUCAGUCUUGAGCGCUCUCAGGAGAAGGAGAAGCAAUUAGAGCACCAUAAGAGCGAGGGUGAUGUGGGACAGGUGGUGUCCAAACCAGAUACCGCAUUACGACCUAAAGAGGAGGGGCAGAGCGGUGAGAGUGUUUAUGACGACCCUGCAAGAACCGUCAGAGCCGACAGUGAUGAAGAUGUAUUAAAAGAAGAAGGCGACGAGGAGAAAGAUGAAAAAGGGCGAUUCGAAGCAAAGGGAAAGGAGGUGGAGCAGGAGGUAAAGAAAGAAGAAGAUGAAGACGAGGAACUAGUCAAAUCCCUGGCAGGGGACGAUGAAGACGAUACCAGGAUCAAGGUCGAGGAUGACUCCGAUAUCUAA